AUGUAUACGUGCAACACUUGCAAUUUACAGUUUCCAGAGUCCGAUGACCAGAGGAACCACAUGAAAUCAGAAUGGCAUCGGUAUAACUUAAAGAGAAAAGUUGCACAACUACCUCCGAUUACAGAGGAUUUGUUUCAAAGUAAAGUUGCUACGUUGCAACGGAAAGAUGACACCAACUCGAAAGACAAGGACAACAAGCAGACGACAAAGAAGGAGCAGCGUCGAAAGGAAAAAGAGGCCCUUCUGGAGAAGAAAAGAGCAAUCUUGGAACAGGCAAAGAGAGCCAUGAUGGCCGAGAGGGGCGGAAACCAACCAGUUCUGGCCCAGGAGGAGGAGGAGGAGGAGGAGGAGGUUGUUUCUCCCGUGACUGAUUCAAGCAAUCAAGACGCCACAAAUGGUUCCGCAGCAAAAGAGGCGGAUAGCAUAACAUCUCAGGAGGAUGAAAAAGAGCUUACGCAAGAGGAAGAGGAAGAGAAGCUUUUGAAACAGAAGCUCGCGCAAAAGACGGAAAUUCCUCCCACCACUUGUCUCUUUUCACACCCCAAAUACAAUCACCAAUUCGACUCUGUGGAUGAAAAUGUCGAACAUAUGUUCAAGAAGCACGGUCUUUAUAUACCCGAGCAGAGCUACUUGGUAGAUAAGAAAGGAUUGAUUGAAUAUUUAGCGGAAAAGAUUGGGUUUGGGUUCUGCAUCGCUUGCAACUACCAAGGAAGAAACGCAGAGGCCGCGAGAGAGCACAUGCAAACAAAGAGGCACAUGAGGAUUCCUUAUGAAAGCGACGAUGAAAAAUUGGAAAUUUCCAAAUUUUACGACUUUUCGUCAACUUACGACGACGACGACGACGAGGAGGUGAUUUCUUCUCAGCAAGGGGACGAGGAAGAGUGGGAGGAUGUCAGUGGCGAUGAAGAUGUUGAAGCAGACGAGGAGGAGGAGCUUCCUCCAUCGGAUAGAGACGCUAUUUUGCAAAAUGGAACCGAGUUGAUUCUCCCGUCCGGUGCUAUUAUUGGCCACAGAUCCAACGCUAGAUAUUACAGACAGAACUUGGCGCCAGAGCGCGAGUUGUCCGAAGGACAGGGCACGGUGAUUGCAGCAGAGACGAGACACAUGCUCACGUUGAAGGAUAGACAAGAGUUGGCUGGAAAGAGGAGGACUUGGAAGUCGGAAAAGAAGAGCGAAGAUAUCAACGACAGAAGGGCCGCCAAAUUCAUCAAUAACCAGCCGCAUUAUAGAGAUCAAUUGUUACAAUAG